AUUUUUCUUCUGCUCCCCAUUUAGAUAUUACAUUCAGUAAUUAUGCUAGAAAUGGUUACUGAAAAAUGUGCUUGCAUGCGUAAUAUUAUGUUUUUAUGCUAUCUCUCAUCAUUUACUGAAGAGAGACUUUGUAGGUCUCACUAUCGUUUUCCUCUAUUCUGCUUUCGUAGAUUAGGAAAAUAUCAAGGCAUGUCAACCAGCACUGCUAGAGUUGACUCAUCAGUGACUGAAUGCAACAAAGACAUGAUGAACUUACCCGAUUCAGCGAGUCCAAGGGGCAGAUCAAAUGAGGAAACGUGUCGUUCAGGGGCUGAAGAGCAAGCGCACUCGUGUGACCGGGUGGGAACAUCGAGUGAAAUGAAGAAGGAUAAAUUGAAUAAUACAAGAUAUUUUAUUAUCAAGAGCUUGAAUCAUGAAAAUAUCCAAUUGUCAGUAAAGAAGGAAAUUUGGGCAACUCAAGUAAUGAAUGAGCCGAUUCUUGAAGAAGCCUUUCAAAAUUCAGGAAAGGUAAUUCUUAUAUUUAGCGUCAACAUGAGUGGGUUCUUCCAAGGAUAUGCUCAAAUGAUGUCUUCCGUUGGUUGGAGAAGGGAUACCAUUUGGAGUCAAGCGAGUGGGAAAAGUAAUCCUUGGGGCCGCAGUUUUAAAGUCAAAUGGCUGCGCUUAAACGACUUGGCUUUUCAGAAAACUCUUCAUCUAAAAAAUCCUUGGAACGAUUUCAAGCCUGUCAAAAUCAGCAGGGACUGUCAGGAGUUGCCUGGGGAUAUUGGUCGAGCGCUUUGUGAGCUUCUUGACGAGGGGGGUGGUAUAGACCUUAACUUGAAAAGGGAUGAAAUCGCUCGAGGUGAUUUUUCUGCAAGCAGACCUUAUCUCGAGCCUUUCCAUUCUAUACAAGAUGAGGAUUAUAAUGUGCUCCCAAUGCGUAUGGCGCCUGGGCUUUAUCCUUCUUUACUUUAUCAACAUCAAGCUGAAGCACGUGGGUUUCAGUUGCCUCAUCAGAAACCUGGUGGAAUACUUAAUGAUUUCUCAAAUGUUUCCGGGACACGAAAAGUGAACCAGUCAAGGCAUUGCGGAAUCAAUGGAAGCUCAGCUAAUAGGACUAGUAAUUCUUCUAGAAUUACUACUCGGGACUUGUCAGCAGAGAAGAGUCCAUUCAUUGGCACUUUCUCCGAAGAUGAUAUCCUGGAAAUGACAUAUGAAGAAUACCUGGAAGCUCAUACUCGAGGCUGCAGAAGAUUACACCACUCUGCUGCUGGACGAUCCACGAGCUUGCAGAAGUCAUCUUCUAGUAAAGAACGUUCUGACGACUCGCAGUCGGCCAGCAGUUCGAAGAAAAGAAGUUACACCAAGUCGCUCGAAUGAACUCUUCUUAGCCCAAAUAUAAAAUUAGUUCGGUGAUUGUCUCGUUUAUGAGAAGCGGGCCAUGCUUUGAACUUGUUAACUAUUGUUACUAUUUUGAGCACUGAAACUUAGAGUUGAUGUACAAUUGUUGUAUUAUUGAUAGUACUUGAUGAUAUCAUCCACCAUUAGUUUCUUCAUUGUAGGUGUCAAAUAUGAAACUUGUACAUAAGAACAUGUAUAUUUUCCCUUCUCUGCUAUAACUAGUUUUUUAUUCACCAAAA